GGGUUAGCAGGCUUCGGUGGUGUGCGGAGUGUGCGUGUGUGUGCACGCACUGACUUGGGAGGCACUAAGCCGGCGCGCGUGUGUGUGUGUGUGCAUGCAUGCACGGGUGCUGAUAAUGCUCGCGGGCGCGCGGCUCUACAUCACUGCUGAGUGAGAGUGGGACUGCGAGGUAUCCGGCCACCUGGCACGGUACUAUGGGGGGACAGAUAACGAGAAACACUCUAUACGACUCUAUAGGUGGGCCCUUUCCAGCUUCUUCUCACCGAUGCCACCACAAGCAGAAGCACUAUCUCCCCAUCCCGCAGUGUGGAGCUCUGUCGAUCAGCCCGCUGCUUUUCCACCCCCACACCAAGGGGUCCCAGAUCAUCAUGGACAUAACUCAGAAGGCAGUGAAGCGUCAGGCCAGCUUCUGCAACGCCAUUACCUUCAGCAACAGGCCUAUCGUUAUCUACGAGCAGGUCAGGCUUAAGAUCACCAAGAAGCAGUGCUGCUGGAGCGGGGCCCUUCGGCUCGGAUUUACUUCGAAGGAUCCCUCCAGGAUUAACCCGGAUACUUUGCCAAAGUACGCUUGCCCGGACUUGGUUUCCCAGAGCGGGUUCUGGGCCAAGGCUCUGCCAGAGGAGUUUGCAAACGAAGGCAACAUCAUCGCGUUCUGGGUGGACAAGAAAGGACGGGUGUUUUACCGAGUCAAUGACUCUGCUGCAAUGUUGUUCUUCAGCGGAGUGAGGACCACCGAGCCCCUGUGGGCUCUGAUCGAUGUGUACGGCCUCACCCGGGGGGUGCAGCUAUUAGACAGCGAAAUCAUUCCUCCCGACUGCCUGCGCCCCAGAUCCUUCACGGCCAUCCGCCGGCCCUCGCUGCGCAGAGACACGGAGGACACGCGGCUCUCGGUGAGCCUCUGUGACCUCAACCUCCAGGAGGAAAACUUCCACGUCAUGGCCACCACGUGCCCCAUCCCGCAAAACUCCCUCAACUCCCAGCACUCCCACCUCCUCCCGUCCCAGCUCGAAAGCGACCUCCGCUUCCACCAGCUCCGGGGAGCCCACAUCAAAAUCCUGGACGACCAAACCGUGGCCCGGCUGGAGCACGCCCGCGAGGAGAGGACUUUGGUUUUCACCAGCAGGCCCCUCCGAAUCAACGAGACCAUUUUCGUCAAAAUUAACAAAUCGAACGCCUCGCGCACCGGGACGCUGUCGUACGGGGUGACUUCUUGCGACCCCGGGACCUUGAGACCCAGCGACCUCCCCUAUAACCCGGAGUCUCUGGUGGACAGGAAGGAGUUCUGGGCGGUCUGCCGGGUGCUGGUGCCCUUGCAGAGCGGAGACAUCCUGGGAUUUGUGGUGAACGCGGAGGGCGAGCUGCAUUUGAGUCACAACGGGGCCGGCGUCGGCAUGCAGGUCUGCGUGGACUGCUCCCAGCCCCUGUGGAUGUUCUUUGGUCUGCACGGAGCCGUGAUGCAAAUCCGCGUUCUGGGUUCCACCAUCCUGGCCGAGCGACGGGGCCCGUCCAUCCCAAGCUCCCCCACCUCGGCUCCCAAUUCCCCCACCACCCUCUGCAGCGGGGUUUCCGACCCAAUCUUGACCACCUGCGGCUCAGGCCUGCUCUGCAGCUCACUCAGCGGCACGGCUCCGAACUCCCCGGUUAGCAUGCCGGAGUCCCCCAUCUCCCCCUCCGUCUCGGGGGCCUGGGGAGACGAAUGCACCAUCUGCUACGAGAACAUGGUGGACACGGUCAUUUACUCCUGCGGGCACAUGUGUCUCUGCUACUCCUGCGGGCUGAAGCUCAAGAAGAUGGCCAACGCCUGCUGCCCCAUCUGCAGGCGGGCCAUCAAGGAUAUCAUCAAAACCUACCGCAGCACCUAGAGCCGCGGGGCUGGCAGGGGUGGGGUGGAGGAGGACGCGCGGGGAGAAGAGCCCCGGUUUUCAUUCAUCAUCUGUGAGAGCCGAUAUCUGAAGCACCCCGGGGGCGCUGGGGGCGGUGAGCGAGGGGGUGGCCCGGCUGCAACUGCUCUUCCAACCCCACCAGCAAGCCGCUGGCUCUGGACUCCAGGGCAUCAGGGAAGCCGAGGCAAAUCUGCUCUUACCAAUGGAUUUAAUGUUUUAUCUCAAUGCAACAGCUGGAGCUCUCCAACCUCUCCUGCACUACGCAGGGGCAUCUCCGAUGCUUGGGAAGGUGGCUGUGGAGAUGUGCCCCCUGCCCCAAAGGGGUGGCGAUGGCUGGCAGAUGGGAACCAUCUCGGAGGAAAGGAGGGAGCCAUCUUGGGUGCAUGAGCCUCCUCGAAGAGCAGGACCACGUGGGGUGUUCGGAAGAGGUGGAGGGGCUGCCAACCAUUGCAGAAGGGACUUGUGCGGUAGGCAGAAGAGAAAAUUAAAAACCCAACCCCUUUUCCUAAGGGUAAGACAAGCCCUUUCCCCCCUGCCAGGCCGCUGGCAAGCUCAGCAGUCGUCCUGGAGAGGAAGAAACCGAUGCCUUGGCUGCCUCAGUGUGCCUCAACUUGCUGGAGAAAGACGCUAGCGGCAGCUGGAGUCUGCCCGAAACGCCGCCCUCUGAAGACACCUGUGUUGGGCGCCUGCUCUGCGCCUUGCCACCCAGCCACCGUCCUUUCCCCGCUGACCAUCUCCUGUCCUCGCAGUCCCAGUCGCGACCGCAGCACCCCCCCCACUGCAUGACCCCCCAAGCCUUCCUGCUGACCUCCCCCGCCCCCGGCGUGCCCAGGCCAAAGGGUCCCUUUCCCCAGCCUCUGCCCGUCGACGCUUGUGACAAACCCCGAGGCAGAACGUAAACAGCCCGCGGAUCUGUUUUUACGACGUUAUGCUCCAUCUCGCUCUUUGCUGUUAAAAAAAAAAACACCAAAAAAACCAAAAAAGAAAACCACCCCCGCAAAAGGAAGGAACUUGUGACUGAGCUCCUGUGGCCUCGAGCAGACAAGGUGACGCAGGGUCGGCCAUUGCCAGGAGGAGACGGGCGUCCCCGUGUCCCGUUUGUUCAAGCUGAGGGUAUUGCAAGGCCUCCCCUGCUCUUGCCGAGAGGGAAGGACACCGCCGUUGCUGCUCCCUGCCCCGCUGCCGCCGCCCCGUCUCAGGUCUCCAGCGGGCUGGUUCCCUGUGUCGUACCCGGGAAGCCUUCAGCCAGCAGCUGCUCCUGUGUGGGGUGCUGGGGAGGGAGGGCAGGGGUCUCCGUGCAUCAUCUCAGUUCGGUUCUGUGAAUCCUGGCCAGGCGGAAGCUGCAAUAAUACCAAGGCAUGAGUCGUCCCCACCUCCCCAACGUCGUGCUGGUCCUGCUAAUGCUCGGACAUGCAAAGGGCUGAGCCUGGAGCGAGCUCUAGGGCUAGUGACCUCCCUCUCUUUAAUCAUCUCCCCAAAAAUACUCCACCCCUCCACCACCAAAGGCACCCAGUGCUCGAGGCAGGCCGAGCACCUAUGCAUGGCUUGCAUUGAGCUCCUACUGCCGCCUUCCACGGGCACUCGGACAAGGCCCCAGGUUAGCGGGGAAGUGCUGGGAGCAGACCCCCUGCCUCCCUCCUGAAGCCAGGUCUUAGCUGUGGCAACACCGCUUGCUCCAUGAUGGAGCAACGAUCUGCCCGUCAGCCCCACGUUGUAGGGGUAUCCUUUCCCCCCGCCGGGCAAGGCUCAAACCAGUCACCAUGCUUUCUUUUGCUGCCCCUGCACGUCAGCUCUGCUGCCAGGGGAGCAGACACUGAAAGGACUGCAGGAAGGACGGCCCACGUCUGUCUGCCCUGAAAGCUGGCCAGAGCCGGGGUAGAGUCCCGUCGACUUAAACAGAGCUCAUUUUCUUGAGGAACAGGCCCCAGCCCUUUCUGCCUGUGCUUGUGAUGUCCUAAUGGCUGGUCAACAAGCAAGCAAGGGGCAUGUAGAGCAUGUAGUGUGAGCGGGUUACAGGGCUGGCAUCUUGCCCAACCCCUGCUCCAGUACCGAUAAUCCCUAAUUAUGUCCAUAAUCACAUACUGUGUGCACCCAGUCUCCCCAAGCAGCGGCUAGCAAACGCAUCCCUCCACCUGCGAACAGGUGCUUGGCUCGGGGAGAGGGGCUGCAGCACCCAGUGCCGGCCCAGCCUGCACAGGAGGGGGCAAUCGACUCUACGCGUUUCUAUCGAGGAGAUUGUAAUACUAAACGCACACCCGCACCAGGUUGUAGACGCCAACCUUAACCUGGGCUUCCUCAGCUGAACAUGAACCAGCCCUGCAGCUUUUUUUUUUUUAUUUACGGCAUCCAUGGAAAAGCAGAAUCACAGCGAAGCGGGGCUGGACGGGACCUCCAGAGGUCCCAUCUACUCCAGCCCCCAGCCUGAGGCAGGCGCGUCCCCAUCCAAACCAUCCCAUACAACCAUAAUCUCAACCCUGACCCAACAUAAACACCCAAACCUGCCAUAAUUAAAGCAGGGGAACCGCGGCCGCCAACGUCCUGCUUCUGUGAAGUGUUGGCGAUGUAUGCUCAAGGUGUCCCAGGGAGAGGACCGUGCCCUCCGCUGCAGAGGAAGGCAAUAACCCCCACCGUCCAUGCCAAUCUGACCACGGGGUAAAAUGCCUUCCUGACCCCAAAUAGGGCUUGCGGUCCAACCCCGAGCGCAGGGGCAAGACCCUCUAGCCGGGAACUACUGGCUUUGCUUCUAGCAGGAGAAUUGGCACAGCCCAGGGGAAGGCCCCCGCCGUAGCUGUAGCCAACACCAGGUGCCACUGGGGCAGCUUUAAAAACACCCCAAUACAUAUCAGAAAAUUAAAAAAAAAAAGACAAGCGGGGGGAGCAACCAGUAAAGCCCAGAAGCGUUGGACAUACCCAUGGUAGAAAACAGGCACAGCUAUGCCCAGGUCAUCCCUGACCAGUGGGUGUCUAACCAGGAAUAGCCGAAAGCCUGGACAUGGGUAACGGGCCAUCACCCACAAGCUGGACUCUGCAGCUGCUCCCACCAUUGCACACACUGGACGGGGGGUGGGGAGUUGAAUGUAAUGAAAGAUGGGUGCGGGUGUGCAUGCACACAUGCAUACGCGUGCGAGACUGUGGGGCAUGUGCAAUAAGAAACAGCUUGCGACUAUCCAGAAAGCCAGCGCGGCCAAGGACGUCCCAGUUUCCAUGGGCUGAGGCCAGAGCAGGUUAACUAGUUACUGUGCAGGAAGGUGUGUGCAUACACACGCACACACAGGUGCACGCAUGCAGGUAACCGUCCCCUGGCAUGCUUGCCCUGCAGAGUGCUUUCGCACGAAGGCGCGUGCAUUUUGCUGCGGACCAAACUGGGAGGUAGACGUGAAACACCCGUCGGCAGCGAGCUCAGGGCCAGGCCCGGCGGGCAGUGCAGCGGUGGGCAAGGGCACGCGGGCAGGGGCCGGCGCUGGUCUUUUGAGCGAGCAGAAAAACGGCAGAUGCAAAAACAACAACAACAACAUGGAAGGGGGUUUUUGGGGGGGUGGGGGGUGGGAUUUUGCUGUUGGGUUUGUGUCGGCUCCUAAAAGUCACGACAAAGUGUUUUGAUGUCAUCUGCAUUUCAGCGCUUUCUUUUAAACCGGUUUGUGUUCUGUUAGCGAGAAGCAAACAACAAGAAAACCAAUCCAUUCGUUGUGACAACUGGGUAACUGUGAUUGUGAAUAAAGCUGAUUUCGGUCUCCGCG